GCCUCGCCCUCUGUCCUGGCCUGCCCCUGUCCUGAACCGUGACCGCUGCGAGCAUCGCGGAGCCCGGGAGCACGCAAGCUGCGCACGAUGCAUUUCGUGCAGUUCACCUUGAACCCCCCGGCGGCAGUCGUCGCCGCGGCCUUCGGCUCGUUCUCGGCCGGGCGCGCGCAGGAGGUGGUCGUCGCGCGGCAGGGCGGCGCGCUCGAGCUGCUCCGGCCCGACGAGGCCACGGGCCGCCUCGCGACCGUGGCCAGCACGGCGACGUUCAGCUGCGUGCGCGCGCUCUGCGCCGUGCGGCCGACGGGCGCGGCCACGGACGACGUCGCCGUUGCGUCGGACGCCGGCACGCUGACGGUGCUGCGCUUCGACGCCGCCAGGGGGGCCUGGACGCGCAUCCACUGCGAGACGUUCGGCAAGACGGGCUGCCGGCGCGCGGUGCCCGGCCAGUACCUCGCGGCCGACCCGCGCGGCCGCGCGGUCAUGGUCGCCGCGGUCGAGCGCACGAAGCUCGUGUACACGCUGAACCGCGACGCCGCCGGCGCGCCCACCAUCAGCUCGCCGCUCGAGGCGCACAAGGCGCGCUGCGUCGUCUUCGACGUCGUCGCGCUCGACGUCGGCUUCGACAACCCGUGCUUCGCGGCGCUCGAGCUCGACUACGGCGACGCCGACGCCGACGCGAGCGGCGAGGCGGCGCGCGACGCCGAGAAGGUGCUCACCUACUACGAGCUCGACCUCGGCCUCAACCACGUGACGCGCCGCUGGAGCGAGCCCGUCGCGCGCACGGCCAACGUGCUCGCGGCGGCGCCCGGCGGCGGCGACGGCCCGAGCGGCGUGCUGGUCUGCGGCGAGAACUGGGUCGCCUUCAAGCACGAGGGCCACGCCGAGGUCCGCGCGCCGCUGCCGCGGCGCGCGGGCUUCCCGGCGGCGCGCGGGCUGCUGGCGACGCGCGUGGCGGCGCACCGCCAGCGCGACCUCUUCUUCUUCCUCGUGCAGAGCGAGCUGGGGGACCUCUACAAGGUGACGCUCGCGUGGGGCGCCGCCGGCGUGACCGACGUGCGCGUGUCCGUCUUCGACACGCUCUUCCCGGCGAGCGCGCUGUGCAUCACGCGCAACGGGCUGCUCUACGCGGCCGCGGAGGCGGGCGACCACGCCCUGUUCCAGUUCCGGGGCGUCGGCGACGGCGCCGACGACGCGGCCGCGGGCGCGGUCUUCGACCCGAGCCUCGGCGACGACGGCCCGGGCGCGGCCAAGGUCGCGCCCGCCUUCCGGCCCGCGCCCCUGCGGAACCUGGCGCCGCUGGACCGGCCCGAGUCGCUCGGCGGCGCGACGGCGCUCGAGGUCCUCGCGGCGGCGGGCGGCGCCCAGGACGACGCGCGGCUGGCCGUCGCGUGCGGCCGCGGCGCCCGGUCCUCGCUCCGCCUGCUCCGCCGCGGCGUCGGCGUGGCCGAGGUCGCCGCCUCGCCCCUGCCCGGCCGGCCCGCGGCCGUGUGGACGCUGCGGGGCGGCGCGCAGGACGCGUACGACCGGCACAUCGUCGUGAGCUUCACGAACGCGACGCUGGUGCUGCGCGUGGGCGACGCCGUGGAGGAGGUCGGCGACUCGGGGUUCCUCGCGUCGGAGGCGACGCUCGCGGCGGCGCUGCUCGCGGACGGCGCGCUCGUCCAGGCGCACGCGGCGGGCGUGCGGCGGGUCGGCCCGGCGGGCGCCGCGGGCGCCGCGGCGCCGAGCGAGUGGCGGCCGCCGGGCGGCGAGCGCGUCGUGGCGGCCGCCGCGAACGAGCGCCAGGUGGCCGUGGCCCUGGGCGGCGGCGACGUCGUCUACUUCGAGCUCGACGCGAGCGGCGCGCUCGCGGAGCUCGGGGCCAAGGGCCUUGGCGGCGCCGCCGCGGCGCUGGACCUGGGGCCGGUGCCCCCGGGGCGGGCGCGGUUCCCCUUCCUGGCCGCGGGCGGCGCCGACGGGCGGCUCCGGCUCCUCUCGCUCGCGCCCGACGACCUCCUCGCCCAGGUCGCGCUCGUGGACCUGGGCGCGCCGUGCGCGGGCCUCGCGUUCGUGGCCCUCGGCGACGACGACCUGGAGCUCUGCGCGGGCCUGGGCAACGGCGUGCUGCGGCGCGUGCGCGUCGACGCGCGGACGGGCGCGCUCGGCGACGCGCGCGCGCGCUUCCUGGGCGGCCGCGCGGUGCGGCUCGCGCGCGUGACGCACGGCGGCCGGGCCGCGUGCGUCGCGCUCGCCGGCCGCGCGUGGCUGGGGGCCCCGCGCGGCGGCGCCGCCGCCGCCGCCGGCGACGGCGCCGCCGCCGCCGGCGCGGCGCUCGCGUGGGCGCCGCUCGCCUACGACGCGCUGGAGCACGCCGCGCCCUUCGCGUCGCCGCGCUGCGCCGAGGGCGUGGUGGCCGUCGCGGGCGCGUCGCUGCGCAUCUUCGUGUGCGACGCCGCGACCCAGGGCGAGUUCACGCAAGCCGUCGUGCCGCUGCGCUACACGCCGCGGCGGCUCUGCGCGCUGCCGCCGGCCGGCGCCGCGCCGCGCGUGCUCGUGGUGGAGGCCGACCAGCACCGGUACAACGAGGCCGAGCGGCGCGCGCUGGCCGCCGCGCGGCGCGUCGCGCGCGACGGCGACAUGGACACGGGGGACGACGACGACGACGCCGCCGACGACGCCGGCCCCGUGCCGCCCGCGCCGGGCAAGUGGGCCUCGUGCGUGCGCGUCGUCGACGCCGCGAGCGGCGCCACGCUCGAGCUCCUGGAGCUGGGCGAGUCGGAGGCGGCCCUCUCGUGCUGCUGCGUGCGCUUCGCGGGCCGCGGCAACGAGGCCUUCGUCGCGGUGGGCACGGCGCGCGCGCUGACGUUCCACCCGCGCACGUUCACGGAGUGCGCCGUGCACGUCUACCGGCUCCUCGACGCGCGGCUCGUCCUCCUGCACCGGACGCCCGUCGAGGCGCCGCCGCUGGCCCUCGCGGCGUUCCGGGGCCGGCUGCUCGUCGCCGUCGGCGCGAGCGCGCGGCUGUACGACCUGGGGAAGCGCAAGCUGCUGCGCAAGGCCGAGACGCGCGUGGCGCCGGCGCUCGUCGUCCGCGUGGCCGUCGUCGGCGACCGCGCGUUCUGCGGCGACGCGCUGCACGGCGUGUCGCUCGUGCGCUACGCGCGCGAGCGCAACGCGCUCGUCGUGGUGGCGGAGGACGCGGCGCCGCGCGGCGUCACGGCCCUCGCCGCGCUCGACUACGACACCGUCGCGGUGGCCGACAAGUGCGGCGGCGUCACCGUGCUCCGCGCGCCGGCCGACGCCGACGCCGCCGGCGACGCCGCCGCCGGGGGCGCGGCGCGCGCGCUCCUCGGCGAGGCGGCCGGCGGCGGCGCGGCGGCGCUCGCGCCCGUCGCGCGCUACCACGUCGGCGACGUGGUCACGGCGCUGCGGCGCGCGGCGCUCGGCGCCGGCGGCGCCGAGGUCGUCGCGUACGCGACGGUGUCGGGCGCCGUCGGCGCGCUCGCGCCCUCGCCGUCGCGCGACGACCGCGACUUCUUCGCGCACCUCGAGAUGCACGUGCGCCAGGAGCGGCUGGCGCCGACGGGCCGCGACCACGCCUCCUACCGCAGCUCCUACGCGCCCGCCAAGGACGUCGCCGACGGAGACCUUUGCGCGGAGUUCCUCGCGCUGCCCGCGGACGCGCGCCGCCGCGUCGCCGCCGACCUCGACCGCACGCCGGCGGACGUCGCCAAGAAGCUGGAGGACGCGCGGAACCGAGUCCUCUAG